AUGCCAUCGUUGAUCCCGAGAUUCCAGGCCGGUACUGCAGUGUACGAGUACGAGAAGACAGCUAUACUAAUCCUAGUAAGGCUGCAGCCUGAAAUGCAGGGUCCGCGGCAAUUAUGGUGCUUUGCUAGUUCCACCAAUGAACGGAAUAGUGCGCAAAGCUCGCUAAUCAGGGUCGAAAGCUUGCCGGCAACAAGCAACCUGGAGUGGGGCCAGUCAAGAAGAGGAAAAGAUGACGAAAAAGGAGGAAGCCACUGGCUAACGGUGAGCGAAUCCGGUGGACUAUACUGCAAAUCUUUCCACCUGCAACAACCUCAGCCCGGUAUUCUCGAUAUCCGAGUGAUGCUAUCGAGCGCGAAUAUCAACAUUCCUCCUAUUGGAUUCAUUCCUCGGGGCAGGAGGACAAACCACCAGUGCGCACACUAUUCCAUCAUGGCAGGUGAACCAUAUUGUCCCGUUCAUUACCCUCUUCUAGCCGGAUUCGCUCCAUUACCCCUAUUUUCAAGGUUGUAG